UCGGUCGCCCGGCGCGCCGUCACUUUAUUCGGGAUGUUGUGCAUGUGAAGAUGGAGUUCCCGUCCCCUCCGGUACCGGACACGUCGCCGCCGCGCUCCCGCCCGUCCAGUCCUCCCGGUGCCGCCGCCCGGCUCCGUCCGGCCGCCUCCGCUCGCCAGGUGAGCGGGUCUGGGUCAGCGGAGACCCGGUGGGCGGGUCUGGAACCCGCGGAGCCCCCCGGCUCCGUGCCCGCUGCACGGCGGAGCACCUGACAGGCAGCUCCAUGCUGACCCCCCUCUACCCGGACCAUGGCGGCACGGUGCGGUGGCCCCCGGGUGGCUCCUCCUGCACCUCCUCCUCUCAGGGGGUCCACCGGACGCUGCGCUGCCCCCCCCCUCCGAUCAGCGGCAGCAGCGUGGGCCCCAACCCCACCUACUACCACGCCGUGUACGACGUCCGGGUGGAGCGGUACGGAGACGAGCCCUACGCCGGCGGAGGAGGCGGAGCCUACGGGGCCCGGCCCGGCCAGGGUUCCUUGUCCCUGGUCUCCGCCGCCGCCGACCCCACGGUGCCGCGGGUCCGCCGGAGGGGGGGCGUGGUGGACCACCGCGACGUCAUCAAGGCCCACCAGGCCCACAAGCUGCACAACACGCCGCAGGCCCGGAGGAAACAGUGGGAAAUGGCGCGUUUUGGAGACGAGGUGCCCAACAGGUAUGGAGGCGGAGGAGGAGGCGGCGGCGGCGGCGGAGGAGGAGGAGGAGGAGGAGGUGGUGGUGGCGGUGGCGGGGGUGCCGGCGGCGGCGGACAAGGGGGGCCCGGUGGCCGCGGCGGCAGCAGACAAGGGGGGCCCCCCGCAGGGCAGCGGGUGUACAAGCAGUCGAUGGCCCAGCGCGCCCGGACCAUGGCCCUGUACAACCCCAUCCCCGUCCGGCAGAGCUGCCUCACGGUCAACCGCUCCCUCUUCCUCUUCAGCGAGGACAACCUGGUGAGGAAGUUCGCCAAGAAGAUCACCGAGUGGCCUCCAUUCGAGUGGAUGAUCCUCACGACCAUCAUUGCAAACUGCAUCGUUCUGGCUCUGGAGCAGCACCUACCUGACGGAGACAAGACGCCUCUUUCAGAACGCCUGGAGGAGACGGAGCCCUAUUUCAUCGCAAUGUUCUGCUUCGAGUCCGGGAUCAAGAUCCUGGCUCUGGGCUUCGCGCUGCAUAAGGGCUCCUACCUCAGGAGCGGAUGGAACGUCAUGGACUUCGUGGUGGUGCUCACGGGUAUACUGUCGUCUGUCGGCAGUCAGUUCGACCUGAGAACGCUCCGAGCUGUUCGAGUGCUUCGGCCAUUGAAGCUGGUGUCUGGGAUUCCCAGCCUGCAGGUGGUGCUCAAGUCUAUCAUGAAGGCCAUGAUCCCCCUGCUGCAGAUCGGCCUGCUGCUGUUCGUGGCCAUCCUCAUGUUCGCCAUCAUCGGCCUGGAGUUCUACAUGGGGAAGUUUCAUAAAACCUGCUUCGACAAAGUCACACGGGAGGUGGUGGGCGGCCUGCCGUGCGGCACGGUGCUGCCGUCGCGGCUGUGUCCCAACGGCACGCUGUGCGAGGGGAACUGGAUCGGACCGAACUACGGCAUCACGCAGUUCGACAACAUCCUGUUCGCCGUGCUCACCGUCUUCCAGUGCAUCACCAUGGAGGGCUGGACGGACAUGCUCUACUACAGCAACGACGUGGAGGGCAGCGCCUGGAACUGGAUGUACUACAUCCCCCUCAUCAUCAUCGGCUCCUUCUUCAUGCUCAACCUGGUGCUGGGCGUGCUCUCCGGAGAGUUCGCCAAAGAGAGAGAGCGCGUGGAGAACAGGAGCGAGUUCCUGAAGCUGAGGCGGCAGCAGCAGAUCGAGAGGGAGCUCAACGGGUACCUGGAGUGGAUCUGCAAAGCAGAAGAAGUGAUUUUGGCAGAAGAGGACGACGGCACGGUGAACUUUGACGGCUCGAGGCGAAGGCCGACCAUCAAAACCAAAAACAAGACGGAGCUGCUGAACCCGGAAGAAGGAGAAGACAACAUGGGGGACGGCGUGGGCUUCGCCCGCUCCAGCCUGAAGAACGGGGCGGACGACUCCAACUACAUCAAGAGGGAGCGCCGGGUGCGGUUCUUCGUCCGCAAGAUGGUGAAGACGCAGACGUUCUACUGGACCGUGCUGUGCCUGGUGGGCCUGAACACCAUGUGCGUGGCCGCCGUGCACUACAACCAGCCGGAGGCGCUCUCCGACUUCCUGUUCUAUGCAGAGUUUCUCUUCCUGGGUCUCUUCAUGUCUGAGAUGUGUAUCAAGAUGUACGGCCUGGGCAUCCGGCCCUACCUGCACUCCUCCUUCAACUGCUUCGACUGUGUGGUCAUCGUGGGCAGUAUCUUCGAGGUGGUGUGGUCGACCAUCAAACCUGGAACCUCCUUUGGGAUCAGUGUGUUACGAGCUCUGAGACUGCUGCGCAUCUUCAAAGUCACCAAGUACUGGGCUCCUCUUCGUAACCUGGUGGUGUCUCUCCUGAACUCCAUGAAGUCCAUCGUCAGCUUGCUGUUCCUCCUCUUCCUCUUUAUCGUGGUCUUUGCCCUGUUGGGGAUGCAGCUGUUUGGAGGACAGUUCAACUUUGAACAAGGAACUCCGCCCACCAACUUCGACACGUUCGCAGCCGCCAUCAUGACGGUCUUUCAGGUCCUGACUGGAGAGGACUGGAACAUGGUGAUGUACGACGGCAUCAAGUCUCAGGGAGGAGUGAACGACAAAGGGAUGGUGUUCUCCAUCUUCUUCAUCGUGCUCACGCUCUUCGGCAACUACACUCUGCUUAACGUCUUCUUGGCCAUCGCCGUGGACAACCUGGCCAACGCCCAGGAGCUCACCAAGGAUGAGGAGGAACAGGAGGAGGCGGCCAAUCAGAAGACGGCGAUGCAGAAGGCCAAGGAGGUGGCCGAGGUCAGCCCGCUGUCAGCAGCCAACCUGUCGAUCGCUGCGUGAUCGUUGGACUCUUUGUGCAGAGAGCAACAGAAGAACAACGGCAAGGGGGGCAGCAAGUCGGUGUGGGAGCAGAGAACCAGCGAGAUCCGCCGGCAGAACCUGAUGACGAGCCGCGAGGCGCUCUACAACGAGCUGGAGCAGGAGGACUGGAAGGUGGGAGGAGAAGGAGAAGGAGAAGGCGAGGAGGUGUCGUACCCACGGAAGCCCCGUGGCGACGUGACCCACCUGGACCGGCCGCUGGUAGUCAACCCGCAGGACAACCGCAACAACAACACCAACAAGACGGCGCCCGGCGAGCUGCCGCUGGACCAGGAGUACCGGCGCCAGGACGUGGACCACCGCCGCAACGCCGCCCACCACUCGCACUCGCACCGCCACCGGAAAGCCACCGGGCCGGCCGGCGGGGACCCCGGCCGGCCGGCGGAGACCCGCAUGGAGCGCGGCUUCAGCUGCACCUCCCUGGGCAACGUGGAGGGCCAGCAGGGGGAGGAGCGGCACGGCCACCGGAGCCACCGGGGCCACCGGAGCAACCGGGAGGCCCGCAGCAUGUCCCCCCGCGGCGGGGGCGGCGGGGCGGAGGGCCACGGCGAGCACCGGAGGUCCCGGCAGCACCGCAAGGAGGGGGAGGAAGGCAGGAGGCGCCGGUCCAAGGGGACGGAGGCGGAGGCCGAGAAAGGCGAGGAGGAAGGAGGAGAGGGGCGGAAGGCGAGGCGGCAUCGCCACGGCAACCAGGAGAGGAGCAGAGGGCAUCGCACCAGAAGGCAGCACCACAGCUCGGGGCCCCGCCUCUCCACGGCGCGGCCCGUCCAGCAGCACAACGAGGACCUGGACAACCUGCGCAACAACAGCAAGCUGGCCGGCGGCCGCCAGCGGCCAUACGCCUUCCCCCCGGACCACCCGGACCACGUCAACAACCUGCUGAACCGCCGCGACGCCGACACCCACGCCCUGAUCCACAGCAUGGACAGCCUGAUCCUGACCAGCAUGGCCAAGCCCGAGUACACCAAGAUAGACAUGCCGCCGCUCUACCCCUACCCCUCCACCAACGCCAUCCUGCAAGUCAACAAGAACGCCAACACGGACCAGAAGAAGAACGAGGAGAAGAAGGAGGAGGAGGACGAGGGAGGGGACGAGGACGGCCCGAAGCCCAUGCCCCCCUUCAGCUCCUGCUUCAUCAUGUCCGUCACCAACCCGUUCCGGAGGUGCUGUCACUACAUCCUGACUCUGAAGUACUUUGAGUUCAGCAUCCUGUCCGUCAUCGCCAUGAGCAGCAUCGCCCUCGCCGCCGAGGACCCCGUCUGGCCCGACUCGCCGCGAAACAACGUGCUGCGUUAUUUUGACUACGUUUUCACAGGCGUCUUCAUGUUCGAAAUGUUGCUCAAGAUGGUGGUGCUGGGCCUGUUUCUCCACCAGGGCUCCUACUUCCGCGACUUGUGGAACAUUCUGGACUUUAUAGUGGUUAGUGGUGCUCUGGUGGCCUUCGCCUUCACUCCUUCACAGUAAAAGGGCAGCAGCAAGGGCAAAGACAUCAGCACCAUCAAGUCCCUCCGCGUGUUGAGGGUGCUGCGCCCGCUAAAGACCAUCAAACGACUCCCCAAGUUAAAGGCGGUGUUCGACUGCGUGGUCAACUCCCUGAAGAACGUGCUGAAUAUCCUCAUCGUCUACAUGCUCUUCAUGUUCAUCUUCGCCGUGGUGGCCGUGCAGCUCUUCAAAGGACGCUUCUUCUACUGCACAGACGAGUCCAAGGAAUUCGAGCGAGACUGCAGGGGCGAGUACCUGGUGUACGAUGGCCGAGAUGAGGUUAAAGCUCAGAAGCGGGAGUGGAAGAAGUACGAUUUUCACUACGACAACGUGGCUUGGGCCCUGCUCACCCUCUUCACUGUGUCCACUGGAGAGGGGUGGCCGCAGGUGUUAAAGCACUCGGUAGACUCCACCUAUGAGAAUCAGGGCCCGAGCCCGGGUUAUAGGAUGGAGAUGUCCAUCUUUUACGUGGUGUACUUCGUUGUCUUCCCCUUCUUCUUCGUCAACAUCUUCGUGGCGCUCAUCAUCAUCACCUUCCAGGAACAGGGGGAUAAGAUGAUGGAGGACUACAGCUUAGAAAAGAACGAGAGAGCGUGUAUAGACUUCGCCAUCAACGCCAGGCCUCUGACUCGCCACAUGCCCAAGAACAAGCUGGGCUUCCAGUACCGCCUGUGGCAGUUUGUGGUGUCGCCGCCCUUCGAGUACAGCAUCAUGGCCCUGAUCGCACUCAACACCAUCGUCCUCAUGAUGAAGUUCGACGGCGCGUCGGUGACGUACGACAAGGUGCUGAAGUACCUCAACAUCGUGUUCACCACCUUCUUCUUCAUGGAAUCGGUCCUCAAGGUCAUCGCCUUCGGCCCUCUGAAUUUCUUCAAAGACGCCUGGAACAUUUUUGAUUUCGUGUCCAUCCUCGGAGCCGUCACCGACAUCCUCGUCACAGAACUCGGGAACAACUUCAUCAACCUGAGCUUCCUGCGUCUGUUCCGCGCGGCGCGGCUCAUCAAGCUGCUGCGGCAGGGAGAGACCAUCCGCAUCCUGCUGUGGACCUUCGUCCAGUCCUUCAAGGCUCUGCCGUAUGUGUGCCUGCUCAUCGCGAUGCUCUUCUUCAUCUACGCCAUCAUCGGCAUGCAGCUGUUUGGUAACCUGGCGCUGGGCGAAGAGGGAGAGAGCGCCGUCAACGAGCACAACAACUUCAGGACCUUCAUCAUGGCCCUCAUGCUGCUGUUCAGGAGUGCUACGGGCGAGGCGUGGCAUGACAUCAUGUUGGCGUGCUUGGGGGGGAGGGAGUGCGACCGCGACUCGGGCAACACGGAGCCGGAGUGCGGCAGCACCUUCGCCUACACCUACUUUGUCUCCUUCAUCUUCCUCUGCUCCUUCCUGAUGCUCAACCUGUUCGUGGCCGUCAUCAUGGACAACUUUGAGUACCUGACCCGGGACUCCUCCAUCCUGGGCCCGCACCACCUGGACGAGUAUGUAAGGAUCUGGGCCGAGUACGACCCGGCGGCCUGCGGGCGCAUACAUUAUAAGGACAUGUACAGUUUAUUGAGAGUUAUCUCCCCUCCCCUGGGCCUUGGCAAGAAGUGCCCCCAUAGGGUGGCCUGCAAGAGGCUGCUGCGCAUGGAUCUGCCGGUUGCGGACGACAACACGGUGCAUUUUAACUCCACCCUCAUGGCUCUGAUCAGGACGGCACUGGACGUAAAGAUCGCCAAGGGCGGUGCAGACAAGCACCAGAUGGAUGCCGAGCUGAGGAAGGAGAUGAUGGCCAUCUGGCCUAACCUGUCCCAGAAGACUCUGGACUUGCUGGUCACGCCGCACAAGGCAGCCACAGACUUGACGGUGGGCAAAAUCUAUGCCGCCAUGAUGAUCAUGGAGUACUACCGGCAGAGCAAGACGAAAAAGCUGCAGGCCCUGCGCGAGGAACAGCGCAUGGAGCCGGCCCCCGAGGGAGGGGGCCCCGAGGGCCAGGGGGGGCGGGGCCUCAACGGCCUCCCCAGCACCCAGCCGGACAACAUGGACAGCAUACCUCCUGAGGGUGGCAUGACUGAGAGCCAGUCGUGGGUGACGGCCAAAGCUCAGGAAAUGUUCCAGAAGACGGGGAACUGGAGCCCCGACAGGCCGUACCCCGACGAUCUCCAUGACAACCGUCACAACUCGCAGACGGUUGAAAUGAGGGAGAUGGGGCGGGACUCCGACACUGAGCCCUGUCACCCAAUGGAAGGGCAUGGGCGGACCCUCUCCAUGCCCCGCCUCUCGGCAGACAACCAAACCAUCACCGACACCAGUCCCAUGCGUCGCUCCACCUCCAGCCUGGUGCACGGGCGCACGGGCCGCGGCGUGCGGCUGGACGACUACUCCCUGGAGAGGGUGGUGUCCGAGGAGGGGCGGCACGGCGGAGGGCGCCGGCACCGGGAGCGCAGUCACCGGGCGUCGCAGCGCUCCCUCACCAGAUACACCGACGCCGACACGGGUCUGGGUACAGAUCUCAGCACCACGACGCAGUCGGGCGACCUCCCGCCGAAGGACCGCGAGCGGGACCGCGGCCGGACCAAGGACCGCCGGCACCACCACCACCACCACCACCACCACCACGGCUCCGUGGACAAGGAGCGCUACGAGUACCCCCACAGGCCUCCCCAGGACCGCCACUGGUCCCGCUCCCCCAGCGAGGGCCCCGACGGACGGGGACACCGACAGGGCAGUAGUUCGGUGAGCGGCAGCCCGGUCCCCUCCACCUCGGGGACCAGCACCCCGCGGAGAGGCCGCCGCCAGCUGCCCCAGACCCCCGCCGUGCCCCGCCCCCACGUCACCUACUCCCCCGCCGUCCGCAAGCCCGGCUACGGCCCCCCGGGGCCCGGCCGGCUGCGCUCGCCCUCCCCCCGCCACUUCUCCCCGCCGGACCACGAGCGGGGCUACCACCAGCGGCCCCCGUCGCGCCAGGCCUCCCCCCACCCCGGGGGCCCCUCGUCCCGGCACGGCUCGCCGCGCUCCCCCCGGCUCCAGUCCCCGCACUCGCCCCUCCACGGCUCCCCCAGGUCCCCCCACCGGGGCCGCUGGAGCGGGCCCCCGCCCGGGGACAGCCUGGAGGGGGACGGGCCCUUCUACGAGCGCGACUACGAGUACGAGCGGCACCACGAGCCCCCCGCCUACGAGCAGAGCCUCUCCCACGGCAACGCGCACCCGCACGGGGGGGCCCCCCACCCGCGCUCCCCCAGGACUGCCCGCCAGGGGCCCCCUCAGCCCCCUCACCCGCAUCCGCGCAGGGUGCCCAACGGCUACCGCUCGUCCUCCCCUUCCCCGAAUCGACGGGGGCCGCCCGGAGCGCCCCCGCACCACCGGCCCCCCCACGGCCGAGGGCCCCGCAAGGGCCUGCACGAACCUUUCAGCGAGACGGACGAGGACGACUGGUGCUAGCAACCGCGGGGAGCGAGGGCGAGGCGGAGAGGAGGAGGACGGCCGCCGCCUUUGGAUACGGAGACUUUUAAUAAAGCAGAGGGCGUGAGACGGGCCCCCACCCCUCGGGGGGGGGGGGGGCUGCCAUGAGCGUUCUACAGAUUUGGCGUCAGACUGAAAUCAGUGGCGGAGCAGCAUGUCGAUUACAAAUGAGAAGAAAAAAAAGAGACGAUGGCGAGGGCCCCCCGGGGCGCAGGUCACCUCUCUCAGAACUACACUUCCCAGAAUCCUUUGCCUGACCGGCAAGGCCAGGCUACAGCAGGAAGUGAGAGGUGUGGGGACGCGUUUUUAAAAAAAGAAGAAAAAAAAACCAAAGGGAGGGAAUGAGGGAGGAGCAUG